AGAAGAACGUGUUCACCACCUGUCCUGACCAAACCUUCGAUGGCGCUCAAAUGCAAGAAGCCAAUCAGGAAACGGCGGUUUCGUCAGCGCAGCCACCCACACAGCAGCGUGGUGACGGAGACCAUCUCCGAGACCACGGAGGUGUUGGACGAGGCCUUCGUAGACUCCGACUCGGAGAGGCCCAUGCCCCGGCUGGAGGAGGAGACACCGCUGCAUUGUUGCCCACCUGCCCGCUCUGGUCUGAGGUUGUUAGACCCAGCUGCCAAAAGGGGGCGACAUGUCAGCCCUUCUGAUUCCGACGAAGACG